AUGUCUCGCGCAGCCCUCGUGCUUGGACUGGGGCUCGACCCGCUGUUGGCCCAGAGAGCACUGAACAUUUUGGAGGGCCGAACAUACCCACACCACCCAGUGAUGCUUCAGGCACCCCAGGAGUCGUACCUGCUUGAGCCGGGCAUCUUAACAGAGCUUUGUGGGCUGCGGGUGCCUGCGCACUUUGACUGCGAGAACCUUUGCAACCACAGCCAAUGGGACGACGACAGAAAGACUUCGCUGCGUUGUCCGUUCGGCGGCUUUCGCUACUACCUCAACGUGCCAAGUCGCUGGCAUGCUUGUCACGAGCACGAGGCCUAUGCCAAGUCGGGAUUUCCAUACCUGCAGGUCAGUUUGCCUCUCAUUGACGAGGAGUACUUCGAGCAGGUAGCAGUGUAUCAGUCGGUCCUCCGGGCUGAAGACUCUUUUCAUGCGAUGGAGCUGGGAGCUCGCUGGGGAACCUGGGGAGCCCGGGCUGUUGCGCUGCUGCGCUUGCGUAACCCGAUGCCAUAUCAGCUGUUUUACGUCGAGCACACGAAGGUUCACUGCAAGGGGUUGUGGAUGGUCAUGAAGCUCAACAACAUGUCGGCUCAUCUGCAUUGUACUGCAGCUGACGUUCCUCUCCUGCUGCACCUCCUGUCCAGCACAGACCACUUAGACAUCCUGCAUGCAGACAUCCAGAGCGCGGAAGAUGAGCUUCUCACGGACGUGCAAGUGAAAGAAGCCAUAGACAGGAGCGUAUACCGAGUCAUUGUGGGGACACAUUCCGAAGACAUUCACCGUCGCCUGACGGACGUGUUUAUGGACUGGAUCACGGUCUUCAACCUCCCUUAUGGCUUCGGGCACUGCAUCCGACCCUUGAAGGACCCUAACUACCGCAAUGCUGGAACAUUGCCAAGCCGCGAAUUCUGGACUCGGCUUCGUGGCCAAGGCUGCUACCACAACACGCCCCAAGGCAUGGUCGCCAACUGGGAUGGAAUGCUCAUCCUGGAUAACCCACACUUCAUCGAUGCAACAACUGCUUUCUCCAUGAGUGAUCUUGAUCUGCGCAUCGACAAGAUUAGAAAGCCUGCAGGCUUUGCCCAGGGGCUCGUUCCGCAGGCCUAUGGAGGCUCUCUUGAAGGUCAGGUACACAUUGGCUUGACAGUCCGGUGCAGUGCUGGUAUGUGCUGGUUUCGUUGCUAUGGGAUGGUAUGGGGUGGUUAA